AUGUGCUCGCCUCGACAUUUGAAACGCCCUAUCGUCGCCCUUCCUUUCCCCCCUCCCGUCACCCACCUCGCCGCCUAUGCGCUCGCCUCGACAUUGAAACGCCCUCUCGUCGCCCUUCCUUUCUCCCCUCCCGUCAUCCACCUCGUCGCUUAUGCGCUCGCCUCAACAUUGAAACGCCCUCUCGUCGCUCUCGCUCUCUCCCAUCCCUUCCCGUCGCUCUCGCUCUCUCCCCUCCCUUUCCGUCGCUCUCUCUCUCUCUCUCUCUCUCUCUCUCUCUCUCUCUCUCUCUCUCUCUCUCUCUCUCUCUCUCUCUCUCUCUCUCUCGUCGCUCCCUUUCAGUUGCUCUCGCCUUCUCCCCUCCCUUCCCAUCACUCUCGCUCUCUCCUAUCCAUUCCCGUCGCUCUCGCUCUCUCCCAUCCCUUCCCGUCGCUCUCGCUCUCUCCUCUUCCUUCCCGUCGCUCUCUCUCUCUCGCCGCUCCUUUCCGCUGCCCUCGCCUUCUCCCCUCCCUCCUCAUCGCUCUCGCUUUCUCCCCUCCCUCCCCGUCGCUCUCUGAAACUCUCCCCUCCCUUCCCGUCGCUCUUUCUCUCAUCGCUCCCUUCCCGUCGCUCUUUCUCUCGUCGCUCCCUUCCCGUCGCUCUCUCUCUCUCGUCGCUCCCUUCCAGUCGCCCUCGAUGCACAAGUCCUCUCACACCCCCCAUCCCCCACCCCAUCGCCUUCCCGCUCGCCACAAAACGCCCUCCCGCCCCCCACCCACUUUCUCCUCCCAUCGCCUGCCUCGUCGCCUUCGCACUCGCCCUCCAACGCACUACCCGUGCCCUUCCUCUCUCCCUUCCUCUCGCCCUUCUCCCCCCCUCUCCUGUCGAGCUCGCUUUCUCUCCCCCGUCACAAUUCCCGUCGCCCCCUCCCUCUCACCCCUCUCGCCUCCCCUCCGAAACACCCUCGCGUCGCCUACCCCGUGUCUUUCCUCGCUUCCCAUCGCCUCCGCGCUCUCCUGUCCCGUCCCGUCGCCCUCGUGCCUUCCCUCCCGCUCCCGCGCUUUUGCACUUGCCCAUUCCGUCCAAUCCCGUCGCCCACCGUCCCUUCCCGUCGCCUUCACACUCGCCAAUGCCUAA